UUAUUGUUUCUUUGGAAAGGCGGGUGUGAAACUUGUAGAGGUAUUCCUGAGCGGUGCCUCGUUUGUACGACGCCGCAUUGCGGUUCCACCUUUUUGCGUCUAAGAGUUUCUCUUUGUUUUCUUUUUCUCUUCGUUCUAUCAAAUUCGUGAUUCCUCUUCCAAAUGAAUACCCAAUACUUGAGGCAAUUGCUCCGUAAUAUCUAUUCUACAAAACAUUUUCUCAACCGUGAAAAACCACAUUGGAACAAUAUGCAUAGUGCUUUUAUACGGCUUCAAUUACAAAGGUCCAGAGCAGACAAAGUAGAAGAUAAGCUAAAAGAAGAGCAAGAAAAGCAACAGAUUUCUUCCAAAUCUACAGUUAAGAAGGCGGAUGGAAAUUAUGGGAUUAGCAAAUAUAGCUCUGAUGAUGAAGAUACCUCUGAUAGUAAAUGGAAGUUAGAGUUGGCUUGGCUCUCCAAGACACUUGAACCAGCUCUGCAAUUUUGUAGGUGGGCUCUGCCAACAGGUCUGUUAAGUGUUAAGUCAUAUUGCCAUAACUUUUUUAAUUGGGCAAAUUUAGACAGUUAGUGUGACGGUAAA